UUUUAGGCCUUCGGUUGAUUAGAGUUUAGGCUAAUUCUCUGAAUGGACCAUUAAUUGUUUCGGAUUUCGUUUAAUUGUGAACUUUGUCAUCUCAUUUUCUUUAAUUAAAAUUGUCUCUUAUUCAUUCAUCUUGGUUAAUUAUGGAAGAACAUACUGAAACUACUAAUCCCAAUAAUGUUGAAGAACCAUUAGAUCUGAUUCGAUUGAGUUUGGAUGAAAGGAUUUACGUUAAGAUGCGACAUGGUCGUGAAUUGAGAGGUCUUCUUCAUGCUUAUGAUCAACAUUUAAACAUUGUUCUUGGUGACGUGGAGGAAAUUAUUACCAAUGUUGAGAUUGAUGAAGAAACAUAUGAAGAAGUAUACAAAAUAACCAAACGCAAUGUUCCCAUGCUUUUUGUCCGAGGUGAUGGUGUCAUCCUGGUUUCCCCACCCAUUCGUGCGGGCAAUUAAUUUCCAUUAAUAUCCUUAUCAUUUUCCAUAAAUUUCUUUAAAACCUUUUCCUUUAUUACUCUAUUCUCUCUAAAUAGUCAAUCCCUAUCUUCCCCUUUAUCCCUUGUAUACUCUCUUCCAUUUAACCCAAAAAUCACCUUAUCACUUAAUUCACAGUGUCAAGUUACACUUAUCUCAGCAAACAAACUAAUUUACAUGUAUCAAUUUACAUACCCUUAAAAGUGAAGUGAAUUAGUACAUAAACUUUAUCAAAGAAAAAAACAAACAA